GUCAGUUCCUUUCUAUCCUUCGGUUCGUGCGGACGCAAUCUCAACUUAUUCUUCAGCAGAAAAGAACAAAGUUAGGGGACAGUGUACAUAAUUCAAUUACUCCUCAGUGUCGAUUGAUUGUGUGGGUCGAAAAUGCGAGUCCAUUCAUUCGCGGUACUCGUCCUAUCGUUGAUGGUUGGUACCGCCUGUGCCAAACUGUUCGUCAAUCCUUAUCCAAGCUACCAGCAUCUGAAAAAGUACCAAGCAGCUUAUGCCUUCGGCGACGAAGAUGUCGGUGAACCCCUGUUUCUAACGCCUUUCAUUAAAAACGGUUCAACCGAAGCCGGGCGUCAAUCGGCGCAAGUGAAAAGUUCAGCCAUCCCGAAGAACAUUGAUAGCUACUCCGGUUAUCUGACCGUGGACGAAAAGUUCAACUCUAAUCUUUUCUUCUGGUACUUUGUGGCAGAAAAUGAUGCCCAGAAUGACGCUCCCGUGGUUAUCUGGCUCCAAGGAGGUCCAGGUGCUUCGUCAAUGUACGGCCUGUUCACCGAGAAUGGUCCAUUCUCAGUAGACAGUAAACUGAAACUGCACCCUCGAAAGUAUUCGUGGCACUUCAACCAUCAUCUGAUCUAUAUAGACAACCCUGUUGGUACUGGCUUCAGCUUUACUGAUCACGACGAAGGUUACAGUACCGAUGAGAGUCAGGUCGGAAACAAUCUCCACAACGCAUUGGUACAAUUCUUCCAGUUGUUCCCUGAGCUUCAGAAUCGCGAUUUCUUCGUUACUGGCGAAUCUUAUGGAGGAAAGUACGUACCAGCUGUGUCUCAUGCUAUCCAUCGCAAUAACGAUAAAGCCAAGGUCAAGAUCAAUCUCAAAGGACUGGCCAUAGGCAAUGGGCUGUGCGAUCCGUUCCAUCAGCUUGUCUACGGAGACUAUCUCUACCAGCUGGGGUUGAUCGACUCAAAUGCUCGCGAUGAGUUCCACGAGUACGAGAAGAAAGGUCGAGACUGUAUCACAAAGGGCGAUAUGAAUUGUGCUUUCGAGGCGUUCGAUGCGUUGAUCAACGGAGAUAUGUAUUCCAGCGGAUCGCUGUUCAAGAAUGUGUCCGGCUUUGAAACGUACUUCAACUAUCUGCAGACAAAACCGGAUCCCAAGGAUGACUACAUGGUCAAGUUCCUGGAGUUUCCGGAAACCCGUAAAGCAAUCCACGUCGGCAAUAAUAGCUUCCAUGAGCUGGACAGUGAGAACAAGGUCGAAGAACAUCUGAAGUUGGAUGUGAUGAAGUCGGUGGUGCCAUAUCUGGAAGAACUUUUGAACUCCUAUCGUGUGGUGAUCUACAACGGUCAGUUAGACAUCAUUGUGGCCUACCCGUUGACCAUGAACUAUGUGCAGAAGUUGAACUUCCCGGCACGGGACCAGUACAAGAAGGCGCCUCGCUACAUCUGGAAGGUGGACGGCGAGAUUGCCGGGUACGCCAAGGAGGCUGGCAAUUUGGCAGAGGUGCUGGUCCGGAAUGCGGGCCACAUGGUGCCCAAAGAUCAGCCGAAGUGGGCACUGGAUCUGCUGAUGCGACUCACCCACGGUAAAGGUUACGCCUGAGCGGAUGGGAUAAGUGAAAGUAAUGUGAUAAGAACUAAUGAAUCUUUGAGUAAAAAUUCAAGAGUGAUGAUCAAUAUAGCUUUUAUUAACUGAA